AUGGUUACUAUCAAUGCAGAGGCAUUUUUGAGGUGUGCUUUGAAACAUGGAAAGUACAUGCAAAGUCUGGAGGAGACCCUGGUAGCCCAGGUGCAUUCGCUGGCCUCUCCAGGCGAGAAGGACCAUCCCGAGCACCCUGGGUGUGCGCAGGGCGAGAAGGACCAUCCCGAGCACCGUGGCUGCACGCAGGGCGAGAAGGACCAUCCCGAGCACCUCGGGUGUGCGCAGGGCGAGAAGGACCAUCCCGAGCAACCUGGGUGUGCGCAGGGCGAGAAGGACCAUCCCGAGCACCGUGGCUGCACGCAGGGCGAGAAGAACCAUCCCGAGCACCCUGGGUGUGCGCAGGGCGAGAAGGACCAUCCCGAGCACCCUGGGUGUGCGCAGGACGAGAAGGACCAUCCCGAGCACCGUGGCUGCACGCAGGGCGAGAAGGACCAUCCCGAGCACCUCGGGUGUGCGCAGGGCGAGAAGGACCAUCCCGAGCACCAUGGCUGCACGCAGGGCGAGAAGGACCAUCCCGAGCACCCUGGGUGUGCGCAGGGCGAGAAGGACCAUCCCGAGCACCUCGGGUGUGCGCAGGGCGAGAAGGACCAUCCCGAGCACCCUGGGUGUGCGCAGGACGAGAAGGACCAUCCCAAGCACCAUGGCUGCACGCAGGGCGAGAAGGACCAUCCCGAGCACCUCGGGUGUGCGCAGGGCGAGAAGGACCAUCCCGAGCACCUCGGGUGUGCGCAGGGCGAGAAGGACCAUCCCGAGCACCGUGGGUGUGUGCAGGGCGAGAAGGACCAUCCCGAGCACCUCGGGUGUGCGCAGGGCGAGAAGGACCAUCCCGAGCACCGUGGGUGUGCGCAGGGCGAGAAGGACCAUCCCGAGCACCUCGGGUGUGCGCAGGGCGAGAAGGACCAUCCCGAGCACCGUGGCUGCACGCAGGGCGAGAAGGACCAUCCCGAGCACCUCGGGUGUGCGCAGGGCGAGAAGGACCAUCCCGAGCACCCUGGCAAGAACGAACCGAAGCCUGUGUACGACGCGGGGACGUGA